AGCCGCGGACCGGCCCAAGCAGCGCUGAGCCCCGGGCAGCGGGGAGGGGGGACCUGCUGCACGCUCCCCCUCCUCCCGCCCCCAGCCCCGACCUGCAUAUAUAGCCGCCUGCCUAAGCGGGAGAGCGCUGCGGGCAGAGCCGCCUGCCCCGCCGGGCUGCGGGGGCCGCAUGGCUGCGGCGCUGGGCACGGACCCAGGCAGCAGCGGGAGGCGGCGGCAGCGGCGGCGGAGGAGGAGGACGGCGGCGGCGGGAGGCUCCGGGCACUGAGUGGGAGGAGAGUUUGCGGAGCGAGCCGGCAGCAUGUGCUGAAGUAGCCGCCGCCAGCCCGAGCGGCUCGGGGACGCCGGCGGGGCAGCGCCAUGGGGCCGGGCGCGCGCUGAGGCCGGGCGGCGGGUCCCGCGACCGCCCAUGCCGGGCCGGCCCCACGGGGGGGCGGCGGCGGCGGCCCCGCGGGAGGAGCCGGGGGAGGCGCUGCCGUGAUGGCCCUGGCCGAGAAGCGGGAGAAGCGCUUCGCCUUCGCGCCCAUGACGAUGGAGGAGGAGGACGGCGCCGCCCUGCGGAACGGCCCCGGCCCCGGCCCCGGCUCCGGCUCCGGCUCCGGGCGGGCGGCGGCGGCGGCAGGGGGGCAGUGGGCGGACGCCGCCCGGCCGCGCACCACGGAGCGGCACAUCGCCGUGCACAAGCGCCUGGUGCUGGGCUUCGCCGUGUCCAUCGUGGCGCUGCUGCUGCUCACCGUGAUCGCCGUGCUGCUCGGCGUGCGCUUCGAGGAGUGCGGUCCCGCGCGCGGCAACGCCAGCCUGCCCGGCCCGGCCCGGCGCCACCACGCCGCGGGGGAGCCCCCCGGCCGGCGGCAAGAGCAGGAGGCGCCGGAGGAGCGGCAGCGGCAGCAGGAGCAGGGCGAGGAGCAGGAGGAGGAGGAGGAGGAGGAGUGGCAGCGGCGGCGCCUGCAGCCGCCCUGGACCCAGGCGCGCCUGCCCCGGCACGUGCGGCCGCUGCACUACAACCUCAUGCUGAGCGCCUUCCUGGACAACUUCACCUUCUGCGGGGAGGUGAACGUGCACCUGGAGUGCCUCAACGCCAGCCGCUACAUCGUGCUGCACGCCCAGCGCCUGCACGUGCAGGCCGUCCGCGUGGCCGAGGACCGGCUGGCGGGCGGCCUGCGCGUGGCCGGCUUCUUCCUGCACCCGCCCACGCAGGUCUUCGUGGUGGUCCUCAACCGCAGCCUGGAGGCGCGCCGCACCUACAACCUCAAGAUCGUCUACAGCGCCCUCAUCGAGAACGAGCUGCUCGGCUUCUUCCGCAGCUCCUACGUGCUGCACGGCGAGAGGAGAUUUCUUGCCGUUACGCAGUUUUCUCCUACUCAUGCCAGAAAAGCUUUUCCUUGCUUUGAUGAACCCAUCUACAAAGCCACUUUCAAAAUCAGCAUCCGGCAUCAAGCAACCUAUUUGUCUUUGUCCAAUAUGCCAGUUGAAACUUCUGUUUUUGAAGAAGAUGGAUGGGUUACGGAUCACUUUUCACAGACUCCUCUUAUGUCCACAUAUUAUCUAGCUUGGGCUGUUUGCAACUUUACUUACCGAGAGACGAUCACCAAGAGUGGAGUUGUUGUGAGAUUGUAUGCCAGGCCGGAUGCAAUCAGAAGAGGAUCUGGAGACUAUGCUUUAAAUAUUACAAGGAGACUCAUUGAAUUUUAUGAAGACUACUUUAAAGUGCCCUAUUCCCUGCCCAAAUUAGAUCUGUUAGCUGUGCCUAAGCAUCCGUAUGCUGCUAUGGAGAACUGGGGACUAAGUGUUUUUGUGGAGCAAAGGAUACUGCUUGAUCCAAGCAUUUCGUCUAUACCCUACUUAUUGGAUGUCACCAUGGUCAUCGUACAUGAGUUAUGCCAUCAGUGGUUUGGUGACCUUGUGACUCCAGUGUGGUGGGAGGACGUGUGGCUAAAAGAAGGUUUUGCUCACUAUUUUGAAUUUGUUGGGACAGACUACCUCUACCCAGGCUGGAAUAUGGAAAAGCAGAGAUUUCUGACAGAUGUCGUACAUGAAGUGAUGCUGCUUGAUGGUUUGGCCAGUUCACAUCCAGUAUCACAGGAGGUGCAACAAGCCACAGACAUUGACAGGGUGUUUGACUGGAUCGCCUACAAAAAGGGUGCAGCUUUAAUUCGAAUGUUGGCUAAUUUUAUGGGUCACUCGGUGUUUCAGAUGGGCUUACAAGACUAUUUAACCAUUCACAUGUAUGGUAAUGCAGCCAGAAACGAUCUCUGGAAUACACUGUCAAAGGCACUAAAAAAAGUUGGAAAAUCAGUAAAUAUUCAAGAAGUAAUGGAUCAAUGGACAUUACAGAUGGGUUACCCUGUUAUCACCAUAAUAAGAAAUGAAACUGCAGUCAGUACCGUAGAAAUCUUUCAAGAGCGCUUUAUUUAUGACAUAAAUGCUAAAACCAAGGAUCCCAUUCUUGGAAACAACAGCUACUUGUGGCAGAUUCCAUUAACAAUUGCAGUAGGAAAUACGAGCCACAUCUCAUCAGAGGCAAUUAUAUGGGUGUCUAACAAAUCAGAAUACCACAGAAUUCCUGCCUUAGAUGAGGCAAAUUGGUUGCUGGGUAACAUCAAUCAAACUGGCUACUUCAGGGUUAACUAUGACAUUAGGAAUUGGAGACUGUUAAUUAACCAACUGAUGAGGAACCACGAGGUUAUCUCAGUCAGUAAUCGAGCAGGUUUGAUCGAUGAUGCAUUCAAUUUAGCCAGAGCUGGCUAUUUGCCUCAAAGUAUUCCUCUGGAGAUUAUCAGAUACCUUUCUGAAGAGAAGGAUUUUCUGCCUUGGCAUGCUGCCAGCCGAGCUCUUUAUCCUCUAGAUAAAUUACUGGACCGCACAGAAAACUACAACAUUUUCAAUGAAUAUAUUUUAAAACAAGUUGCAUCGAUGUAUCUCAAGCUUGGAUGGCCAACAAAUAAUUUAAACAGAUCCCUUAUUCAAGCUCCCUAUCAACAUGAAGAAUUGCGUCGAGAAGUCAUCAUGCUGGCCUGCAGCUUUGGUAACAAACACUGUCACCAGCAAGCUGCAACAUUAAUCUCCGAUUGGAUUUCCAGCAACAGAAACCGAAUCCCACUUAACGUCAGAGACAUUGUCUACUGUACAGGAGUUUCAUUGAUGGAUGAAGAUGUAUGGGAGUUCAUUUGGAUGAAAUUCCACUCUACCACAGCAGUAUCUGAGAAGAAAAUACUGUUGGAAGCCUUAACUUGCAGUGAUGACAGAAACUUAUUAAACAGGCUUCUGAAUCUGUCCCUCAAUUCAGAAGUUGUUCUGGAUCAGGAUGCAAUUGAUGUCAUAAUCCAUGUUGCUCGAAAUCCACAUGGCAGGGAUCUUGCCUGGAAGUUUUUCAGAGAGAAAUGGAAAAUAUUAAAUACCAGGUACGGAGAAGCAUUAUUUAUGAAUUCUAAACUUAUCAGUGGCGUCACAGAAUUCCUUAAUACCGAGGUAGAACUAAAUGAGCUAAAGAACUUUAUAAAGAGCUAUGAGGAGGGAGCUGCUGCCUCUUUCUCUCGAGCUGUGGAAACAGUGGAAGCCAAUGUGCGAUGGCAAAAGCUUUAUAAAGAAGAACUCUUCCAGUGGCUAAGAAAAUCCCUGGCACACUAAUCCAUGUCUCUAAUUAACCAUUUAACAUGAAGUUUGCAAGAAGUGCAUUUUGAGAGAUUCUAAAUGCAUUUGACAUUGAAAUAAUGAAGACAAGAUCAGAAAUACAGGGAGGUUUCUUUUGCACUGGGCUCUUUUAAAACUGUAAAAGCAAACAAACUCGUGAAAGAAGAGGUCAUGAUGCUUGUGAAAUCCGGCCCUCUGUGUACAUGACCAAACAUGAUAUUAAGUGGUGCAUGUAAAUGUUACCGUCAGUUUGAAAAAAACUUCAGAGUAUUUUGUGCAUGGUUGUAUGGUCCCUGCCUGUAUUCUUAGCAUGCUCACUUACAAUGGCCAAGUUUUGUAUGUAAAUUCCUGUUACAUCAAAGAUGGGCAUUAUGCAAAAGCACAAAGACUAUGACAAUCAGUGUUGUUAUGAACAGAAGGAUUGAAAGGAAGGAAAGGGAAAUGUGAAAGGCUCAAAACACAGGAGCAGCAUGAGAAGUCAAGUCACCCAUCCAUGAUAGAUGCCAAUUAUUGCAGCACUAUUUCAGAUUGUCUCUUACUGAUUAUAAGGAUGCCAACUCAUUUUUGAGUUGCCAAUUGUUAUAUAUGCAGUCUCCAUAUUCCCAUACUUAAAUAAAAUGUACAUAUAUAUUGAGAGAAAAAGAUAUCACUCAUAUAGUACUGUAAUUGUAUAAGUCAAUCUUGUUCACUGCUGAUCAGUGAAUCAACAAAUUUUGAGUUUUAAUCGUGGACGUAUGCAGUGUUUAUGGUGAGAAAUUUGCAUAGCUGUUUGGACCAAAUCCAUAAACCAUCUCAAUGCAAGGGUAUUCAGGAUGGGUUCCUCAACCUGUGCAGUAGUUAGUUAUGCAGCUGCUAAUGCACAAGUUUCAGAAAUACUUAUCAAAUUCAGAUGGAGAUAGGCAAAAGGGGAGAAUAACUUGCAUCCAUGAACACAAAAUUAAACAGGAAGCUACCUUGCACAUGACAGGUCAGCCUCAAUAAUGAUCUGGUAUAAAAGCCGAAUUACUUAAAUUGUCUACAGUUGAGUCAGCAGCAGAGUGACAUUUUCGUAAAUACAGGACCUGCCAUUUUUGCCAACUUUUUAAAAAAGAAAAAGUGAAAUAUGGAGUUAUAUAUUUGUAGUGAAUAAUAUUGAGAAAAUUCUCCUUCCAUAUUCAUUUCCUUUUACUACACCUAAGGGGAGUGUCGGUGUUCUAAACCUACAUGCAGUAUUUAUUUCUAAUCAUAUAUUCAAGAGAGCAGGAAUAUAAUGAAUCUGUAGUAUAUAAUGGUAUUCUGCAUUCUUGGUGCCCUUUCUUGGGGAUAAAACUUGAUUUCCUCAUCUUACGGCCAUAUGCUCCCUGAGCAUUACCACAGGGAAAAGAGCAGUCACAGAAAACUCAUGGGAAACGGACUGUGGCUAUUCAGACAGGAGACGGUAGAUAUACAGUAGUAUUUCUGUGCCCCACCAUUUGACAACAGUAUGGCAUAUCAGCUCUGCUCCUCUGGAGGAGUAUGGGGGAGAGCCAUUCCCUUCAAAAUGCAUAGAAGCUCACAAAAUGCAUCAUAGUAGCAUUAACUCAUUCUAAAUAGACUUUUUUCACAGAUAGGAUAUAAGUAAGCUCCAUUAGUCGAUGAGCCCCAACAUGGUCAACUGCCAGAUUGAAGUACAGCGUUGUGUAGAGAGCACUUUCUAAUAUAGCCUCUUGUUCCCAUGGAACUUUUGAUCCUCAAGAGCUGGUAGGCACGUCCCAGGAGUAUUCUGCCCUACUGCUAACUGUACUGACGCAGGCCAGUGCAGCAGAACACCACUAGCCCAAAAGCUGCAGUUCUUGAUCCUUCCAUUGUGUAUCUUUUACCAUGCAAAGGGUGUGGUUGUGUCGGACCAAGUAUUUAAAACUCUUGUUUUGCUUAGUAGCGUGCAGGACUGCUGACCUCGUAUAACCAAAAGUAGAGGGAGUUCUUUGCUCUUAUGUGACAUGCAGUGUAGUAAGCCCUAAACAUCCGUGCUGUGUUGCAAUGUUAGCGAGCUGCUGAUUUUCUCCCGGAGACAUUUUCAUGUCUGUAAUGAGUAAAGUCCUCCUUAUGUAUCUUUUACCUACCUCACAGGGGUGUUGUGAGGCUUGAUUAAUGUUAGCAAAGCACUUUAAUGCUCUCUGAUGAAAGGCACUACAAAGUGUGAAGUAUUUUUUGCGUGGUUGACCAAACUCUGCCUCAAUGCCAAUAUGUAGCUGCACAUUGUGUGAUUCCUUUAUGAGAAAAUAGCAUGCAGCUCUCUUACAAUAAAAACAAAGCCAAAAAAUUCUUGGCAAUUCCCUUCAGAUUUUACUAGCCAAAGACUCUCCAGAAAGUUUGAUGCUUAAACAUGAACUGGCUUGAAAAAUUUAGAAAAAAAGAUAUGUACCCAAUGGUCUGUAUGUUUCAAACUACAUUGUGGAUCAUCUUCAUUAACUUUUUGUCACUGCAGUUAGAACUCCAUACAUUCAGGACAUAUGUAGAAGUUUCUGAUCUUUUUAAUGAUUAUGGGCUAAUCUAAAGGGCAGGCUGAUUCAUUCAAAUUGAGAGAUUUUGUUCUGGUUGUGAAUUUCGGAGAGUACAGAACAGUUUUCACUAUUGCUUUUUCAGAUAUGGGAUUUUUGAGGAUUUUUAGUCUUUUCUUGUAAAUUUAGUUAAUGUUGAGUCUAAGUCUAACAUUUUAGUUGCUUUAUAAAUUUUUUAGUGGCCUUGAGUGACUGGUCUACCACAAAUAUCAAACCUAGUUGUAUGUAUUAUACAUACCUAUUGUUGUAUUGCUUAUAAUUAUUGUAUUAUAGAGAUGUUGGUUUUACUGCUAUAGUUAAGGCUGACUUGGCCUUUCAUUAUAAACCCCUAAUCUUUAUUUUUGAUAUUUUGUAAUUUGCUGUUUCACAUUGAAUCAGGCUUAAAUUUAAAUGGCUUAAAUUCAAUAAAAGUAUAGUUGUUUUCUACAAUA